AUGAACCGAAAUUUUAUUUUUGUAUUCAUAUUAUUAGCUUCGCUUUCAAUAGUCAAUGCUAUUCCUAUUCCACAUAAACUUCUUAAACGAACAACCGAAUUUAUACAAUGUAAACAUUCACCAAUGCCGCCCCCACUCUCUAUAGUGAUUUCACCUGAUCCUGUCGUAUCUGGUAACACCGAGACUUUUACUGUUUCCGCAACAUUUGACCAAGAUAUUCCCGAUGGAACUGAUCUUACUGUUUUCUUUGACGAUUUUAAUACUGGAUCUAUUAUAGGGGAUAUCCAUAGGGUGCCUUUGUGUGAUGAUGAUGGAUGUCCAAAAGCUGGAAUUCAAUUCACUAAAACACUGGAUUAUUCGGAUGUACCUGAAUUACCUAACCCAUAUGAUAUUCUAGUUGGUAUUAUGAAAAAUACUGAUGUAUUGGCCUGUGCAAUUGCUCCUUUUAUUUUCAAGUAA